CGUUCGCCAUAUGACAUGCAAGACUACGACCGCGUUGCUCGCUACGACGGCAUCGGUGGCAGCGAAACGGACUUGCGUUUCGCCGCUGAGCGUGCCAGUCCUGAUGUGACGAUAUUAGGGCCGGUACAUUCACAACUGCCUGAUCUGACCGAGCAAGGAAGUUCAGAUGAAUACUUGAGCAAGAUUUUUCAGCCGACGCUGGCUCAUUGGCUUCAACAACAUAUUGUUUUUCUUUACCUUUUUUAA